CAACAAGUCCAGACUAGAGGCCUGGCUUUCCUUAAGACGCUGGAAUUUGAAGGAGCUAGUCUGUGAUCUGUGCUGCUAUCAUUGUAUACAGUCCUUGCUUCUUGCUUCCCUGGGAAGCAUGCGUCUAUUGGAACUUGGGACAGGAAGAAAACAAGAUAUCUCCACUACAAAACCCAGACACUAAAAGAGGCCCCAAGCUCUGAAGAACCAGGACACAAACAUGAGCGACAGUGGCUGCAGCGAUCCUGUGGCAGACUCUGAAAAGGAUUUGGAAAGUGAUCCCUCAGUCAACUCUCAAGCACAGGACACCAUAGUCACACCAAAUAGCACUGAAGAAGCCCAGAUUCCACAUCCUACAUCUGAUCUUAAGAAAGACCAUCAUGAGGAAGGUGCCAAAAGUCAAGAACAUAAAGACACAGGAGACAAACUGGAAAGUUCAGAGGAAACAGCUUUAGAAAACUCUGCUUUAUUGGAUAAAGCAGAACCCGAGAGCAGCCCGAGUUCUCAGGACACUGGGCAGGGGCAUCAGCCCCCCUCGGAGCCUCUGGGUGGAGAGGAUCUGGGUGCUAACUGCUCUCACAGUGGCGAGGGAGGAGUUGCAGAUGCACACCUGGGGAGCAGCUCCGGGGAGCCCCCAGACGGAGCAGGCGACAGAUGUGAAGCUGCUCAGGAGCCACCUGCUACAGACUCCCCCGAUGCCCAGAGUCCUGCUUCCAGCGCAGAAGCGGGGAGCCAGGGUUCACUGAGGAGGCGACUGCCUGCGCCAGAGGCCGGAAGUCAGGAAGAAGAGGUGCAGUUAGUGAAGAAGGAAGAGCUUGCUCAGGAUAUGUUGAGAAAGACUGAUAAAAAGAGCCUCUGGACCUAUGGUUCUUUGUUUCUUGGCUUCCUAAUUGUGGCUAUUGCACUGAAGUCCGUCAAUAGCUACUAUUCCACCCCAGCCCAGCAAGUGCCCCAGAACCCAGCUCUGGAGGCCUUCCUGGCUCAGUUUAGCCAACUGAAGGAUAAAUUUCCAGGUCAGAGUUCCUUCCUGUGGCAGCGGGGACGAAAGUUUCUCCAGAAGCACCUCAAUGUUUCAAACCCCACCGAACCAGCCACCAUCAUCUUCACAGCCGCUCAAGAGGGAAGGGAGACCCUCAAGUGCCUGAGCCACCACGUUGCCAACGCCUACACCUCCUCCCAGAAGGUGUCUGCCGUCUCCAUAGAUGGAGCCGAGAGAGCCCUGCAGGACAGCGACACAGUCAAGCUGCUGGUUGACGUGGAGCUCAGCCACGGGUUUGAGAACGGCCAUAAGGCCGCCGUCGUCCACCACUUCGAGUCCCUCCCCGCAGGCUCCACCCUCAUCUUCUACAAGUAUUGUGACCACGAGAACGCUGCCUUCAAGGAUGUGGCCCUCGUCCUGACGGUCCUGCUGGAGGAGGAAAGCUUAGAAGCAAGCGUAGGCCCCCGGGAAACGGAAGAAAAAGUGAGGGAUUUACUCUGGGCCAAGUUCACCAACUCUGAAACCCCCAGCUCCUUCAGCCACAUGGACUCCGACAAACUGAGUGGGCUGUGGAGCCGCAUCUCCCACCUGGUGCUGCCCGUGCAGCCCGUCAAGCACAUCGAAGAGCAAGGCUGCCUUUUGUGAGGCUUGGACAGAGGCGGCGUGGAAGGGCCCGGGGCUGAGGGCCCUGCUCCACUUGGGGGAGGUGGUUGGCACAUGACCUUAUUUUAGAAAAGAAGCAUGCUUUCCCCCCCUUUUAUAAAAACUUUCUAGUCUGAACUUUGAUAAAGCUAAUAAUGGGCCUGAUGCUUUUCUUUGGCCUUUAAAGCAAAUCAGGUUUGACACAGCAUGACACAUAAAACUGAGGGUUUGCGUAAAUGUCCGUGACAUCGGCAGAAUCACUGCACAGGAAGAGCUGAUUCUCAGAGGACCCGCAGCCUGACUGCUGCCUUGCAGGGACUCUCAACUUGGGCAGUGUUUGGUCUCGGACUAAUUGUAAUUUGAAUGAUUUUUAGAGAACUCUUCUACCACGUAAUAAGUGUUUUUUAAAGACUCACUUUAAUAAUGGAGUUCUGGGAUUAUAUCUACACAGAUUUGCACUUUGAGUAGAUGAAGGCAGGAAAGCAGAAUUGAACCCUCCAAAUCCUAAGAGCCUGGGUGUGCAUGCUCUUAUUCCGUUAAUGAGCUGAGGUGAGAAUAGCUGUGUUCAAACCAUGUCCCCAAGUAUUGGAAUCAGUGGAGAAGUUGUUAGUACUCUUGGACGUGAAAAAAAUCCCAAUUGGCUGUAUCAUUUCUCUUUGCCUACCAGCAUCCCCUCCUUCGUAUUGAGAGCAUUUCUGCUCUUCGUGCUGGUAUUUGGGGUUCUCGGGUAAGAGACCAGGGGAACUGAAUUUCAUUGAGAAGGAAGUUUGGUAACCAUUAAUGAAGUGAAAGCACAUUCUAGAGGAUAGGAACUCAGGAAGAAGUGAAAGUGAUAGCGCAUAGUAGGAAUAAGGUCUGUUGUACAGGGUGAUAAAGACCUACAGAUGAGCUGCUGCUGCAGGGUGUCGAGGCAUGGCCUCACCUGUCUGUUUAUUUCUGUUGCUCUUUUCUGCCUCCCUGGCUGGAUUCACAAUAGUCUGUCAGGAGAGUUUGAGUGCUGUUUCAGAAGAGACUUGAGUAAGAGCCUGGGGUACCGUUACCAAAUGGGAUGUUGUGUUCGUUUCUUGACAGCUAGUUAAAACUGCCACCAGGGAAGGAAUUGGAGAAAUGCAAGAGGGUGUUCUAAAUAGGGAAGAGAAAGGAUUCAAUGCCACGUCCCAAGGUUCUAGACUGGGGCCAGUAGAUACUGAUCAGCACAUGAGCUCUGAAAGUAAAACUCUAGAAAAAUGACCUUGAUCCACAAAAGGUCUGUUCCAUUACACGGAAUAGCACUGGAAUUUUGCACUAAAUUUAGGCUCGUCUGCUGCUAGGAGAUGAUGUAUAUAGUUAAGAAGUUAAGUAGCCUGAGUCUGGAGGGAUUUUAGGAAACACUAAGGAGAUUUCUGUUGCUAGUUUAAGGACCACCAAGACAUGGGUGAGGGGUGAUCUGAGAGUAGCUGCCAUGGAAAGAACAGAUUGGCUUUGGCCAGAGCCUUUGGAGCUCAGUUAAGCAUGGAGGCACACAUGAAGAAACUGUGUAUUUGGGAUUUGGAAGGAAUCUUGCAGUAGGGUUGAGAAAAGACCCUAAACACGAAGUGAACCAAGUUUGAAUGUCAACCCAAUGUAAAACACAGGGACUGAAGAGAAAUCUCUUUGCCAUAUUUGAUUUUUUUUUUUUCUGUAUUUCUAGUAUUUCUGUAUUUGAUUUGAAUGCUAGUGGCUUCUCACAUAGCCCUGGUUGUUCUGGUCCUCACUCUGUAGCGUGGGCUGAUGUUGAACUUACAGCAACUUCUCCUACCUCAGUCUCCUGAGCGCUGGGGUUAUAGGAGUACACCAUCAUAUCCAGCUUGAAUUUCAGGGUUUACCUACUAGCAUCACAUCACGUAAAACCAAGGGUGCCUUACAGAACUGUUAUGUUGGCCUUUGACCUGUGCUACCUCAGACUACAGAGGAACUGGUCUAAAGUAUUUGUACACAGUCCAUGUCAGUGGCUCAUAUUACAGGAGAAAUAAGGAAUUAUUUUUUUCAUCCAGUUGAAUAGAGUUUUACAUAAUUUGCUGUCAACAUAAAUUUAGGAUAUAAUAAAUUUUAGAAAUUUAUUUUCAAUUUUUUGCUGUUUACUUUGUUAAAAUGCACUUUCCUUCUAUACUGAGUUCAAUCAACUGAGACUAGUUUUCUAUCCACUAUUUCAAAGCUCUUUAUUAAAAAAAAAAUUUUAUUUUUUUUUUAUUUUAUUUUAUUUUUUUCAGUUCUAGGGAUUAAACCCAGGGCCUUGACAUUCAAAGAAAAGUGCCCUACCACUAAGCUACAUCCCAGACUUCUUAAAAAUCAUUUUGAAAAGAAGCCGUAUAUUAGUUUGGGAUCAGAAGAAAUGAUUUUCUGUUUUUGAUACAGAGUCUUUUCCUAGCCAAACUAGGGAUUCUCGGGCCUUAGACUUUUACAUUAUAGGGAUUAAAGGAAUGUGCCACCACACCUGCUUAAUGUAAUUACUUCUUAGAAACAAAAUUAUAUUUUAAAAUAUACACAUAAUUAAAAUCUGUUAUCUGGUCAUUGUCUCCUAGACCACUGUGGUCACAUUUUUUUAGUUUUUCAACCUCUUAUGUAUGUAGUAAUUCUUUAUUUGUGAUAAUUUGCUUGUUUUGCUUUUGUUUUUAUUUUUAGUUUUUUGUUUGUUUGUUUGUUUGUUUGUUUGUUUGUUUUUAAUGGGAAUUCCUUCUUGAGUAAUAUGAAGUCCCAGAAGCAAGCAGGGGAAAUAGAAACUGUCUUUGGACUUCGGUUUUUUUCUUUCAGGUAAAAUUUAGAUUUUUUUUUUUUUUUUUUUUUUUUUUUUUUUUUUUUUAGUUAGCUCUUAGAGAUCAUCAGAGAAGUUCUAGAGAGUUCUUGGCACUGAACUAAUUUUAAUAAAUUUCACCUAGAAGCUCUCAGGCUUGGGGUAGUGAGGCCCAGUGUCCUUCCCGUCAGCUUAUGGCCUGCCCUAACAGUGCUGGCUGAUGGUACAGCUUUGUCUCACAGCCUCUGGCUUCAACUCCACUUGUUAAAGACAGAGCAUUGUGAGCAUUGAUGUUCGGGAAUGACAGACGGGUGCAGCCUGUGAACAUGAGAGCAGCACAGCAAAUUGAUUUUCACCAACCAAGAUUUCUCAAUCCCACGGAAUUUUGCCUUUAUGUAUUUACAGAUUUAAUGCCUUUGACAUUGUCAGAUUUACUCAAGUCACCAUGAUUGCCUUUUGCAUUUGUUUUCAUAUCAGUGAUGUUGAAUGUGCCUUAUUCAAAUCAGUGGUCCAGUUAAUAUGCAAAUAAAUCUUAAAUUUUUUCAAGUUGACUUAUCUUUGACAAAAAUCUCCAAAAUAAAGAGUUUACACAAA